AUGAACGAAAUAAAAAUUUCGUAUUUGAACUAUCCAAUAUAUGGAAUCGGAUCCAAUGAUAAAUAUGUGGUUACAUCAGGAGGAGGGGGAGGAAAGAAUUAUGGAAUAGAAGACUUAUUAGAUAUAAACACAUUUAAUGAGAAAGCCAAAAAAUUACAAGUUGUGUGGUCAACUACACAACAAAAAGGUGUUGUAGACUCUAUAAUUUAUGUGGAUAAAUAUGACAUCUGGUUUGGAUCAGUAAGAAAUGAAUGUGUUAUUUUUCAGAUAAAUGAAGAAACAGGACCAAAUAUUAUUCAUAAAUUUUUAACAGAUUUUAGUGAAAAGAAUGCAAGACAAGUAGUUGUAAAAUUUUCUGAUGUAAGUAAUUAUAUACUAACUGGAGGAGAAGAUAAAACUUUAAGGAUUUGGAAAUUAAAACUUACAAAUGAUAAUAAAGAUGGAAACAUUGCUGUCGGUAAAAAAAAAGAUAUAUUUAUAGAAAAUCCAUCAUCUAGUGCUGUAGAACAUGUUGGAGAUUUUAAAGGACAUGAAGAGUGUAUUAAAGAUUGUGAUAUAUCCCAUGAUGAGAAAAUAAUAUGUACUUGUUCAACUGACAAGUCCUUAAAAAUUUGGGAUGUAAAUAAUUUUUCUAAUUUACAUACAGAACAGAUGAUGAAUCCGAAAAAUAAGAAUGAUAAACUAAAUUUCCGUUGUUGUAAAUUUUUAAAAAAUUCUCAAACAAUGGAUACAUUUUUUUACAUUUUGUUAACAACUGCGUAUACAUCUAGGGGAAAUAGCUAUCUUGUCAUUUGGAACAUCCAUUUUGAUGAUAAAAAAGAAAAAUUUACAUGUAUAAAAGGAAAAUUUAUAUGGUUAGAUGAUAGACCAUGUUGUAAUAUUGCUAUAAGUAAAAAUGAAAAAUAUCUAGCCCUAGGGUUUAGUACUGGUGCACUCAAAAUAUACAAUGCAAGAUAUUCUUUAUUAGCUCAUUAUAAAAAACAUGAUUUACCAAUCACUGCUAUGUGUUUUAUUAAAAAUGAUAAUUAUCUUCUUUCUGCUGGGGCAGACUAUAGCAUAAGUUGUGUUCAUAUAAAUUCAUUCAGUUUUCGGUACCUCAGGAAAAUAUGGAAGUUCUUUAUUAUUUUCCUUAUGAUAUUAGCACUGUGUAUUAUUCUCUUGGAUUUUUUCAAUGUUGGUUAUGAUCUACGUAUGAAGAGUAUUAUUCAGAAUAAGGGAGCAAAUCUUAGCAAAAAAAAAAAUGUCCAUAAGAACAACAAGGGGGGGGGUUCCGGAUCAUCACCAACAACGGCCUCCCCGGAGGAGGAGUUAUGA